AUGGUGCUUCAAACUUUCCGCCUUCCAUCUUUUGCAGGGUGCAGAUAUUUUCAGAGGCAUUCAAUUUUGCAAAGGCAGUUCUGCGCAAAGAGUAUUGGAAUUUCUCUUUCUUGCUCGUAUAGUUUGGAUAAGGAUCCAAAUCCACCUAUUGAAAAGUUAAUUGAUGCACGAGUGAUAUAUAGCGUAGCUCCUGCCAUGGGUCAUAACCAGGAGGCACAUCCAGAAUCCCAUCUUAGAGUUCCUGCUAUUGUGAGUGCUCUUGAAAAGACAGAGCUCACUUCAAAGUUUCGUGGUUCUGAGAUUAUUGAACUUCAAAAUUUCAAGCCUGCUUCAGUGGAUGACAUUGCAAAUGUUCAUGCCAAAGCUUAUGUUGCAGGCCUAGAGAAGGCUAUGGAUCAAGCUUCAGAACAGGGCAUUAUCUAUAUCGAUGGGUCUGGACCAACAUAUGCUACUGCCACUACGUUCCAGGAGUCACUUAUGGCAGCUGGAGCAGGAUUAGCCUUGGUUGAUUCAGUGGUUGCAGCAUCUAAGAACAGCCAGAAUUCACCCACAGGAUUUGCUUUGAUCAGACCUCCAGGGCAUCAUGCUAUUCCAAAAGGGCCCAUGGGCUUUUGUGUUUUUGGCAAUGUGGCCAUUGCAGCUCGUCAUGCUCAACGUGUGCAUGGAUUGAAACGAGUCUUUAUCAUUGAUUUUGAUGUUCACCAUGGGAAUGGGACAAAUGAUGCAUUUUAUGAUGAUCCAGAUGUAUUCUUCCUGUCCACUCACCAAGAUGGAAGCUAUCCAGGUACUGGUAAAAUUGACGAGUUAGGUCAUGGAGAUGGUGAAGGUACAACUUUAAAUCUGCCUCUACCAGGAGGCUCAGGUGAUAUUGCCAUGAGGACUGUAUUUGAUGAAGUAAUUGUACCAAGUGCUCAAAGGUUCAAGCCAGAUAUUAUUCUUGUUUCUGCUGGGUAUGACGGUCAUGUUCUGGAUCCACUGGCAAGUCUUCAAUUUACAACAGGAACAUACUACAUGCUUGCCUCUGAUAUUAAACAACUGGCGAAAGAUCUAUGUGGUGGCCGUUGCGUGUUCUUCUUGGAGGGAGGAUACAACCUUGAUUCUCUUUCAUAUUCAGUGGCAGACUCCUUUCGUGCUUUCCUUGGGGAGAAGAGUUUGGCAUCUGAGUUUGAUAACCCUGCUAUCCUAUACGAAGAACCAUCAACUAAGCACGCCAUAGUACGAAGUUACCUACAUGUUUUUGAUCAACAACGUGACUGGCAUUAUAAAGCUCCAAUAUGUGGGGCUAUCUCAUUUUAUUCAUCGAAGUUGUGUAGCCGACCACGCCCAACUGAUGAAGAACUUGUGCUCCACUUUCUUCAUCGCAAGGCUUCCCUCUUACCUUGCCACCCUGACAUCAUUCCUGAUCUUGCUCUUUAUCCUCAUGAUCCUUGGCAACUUGAAGGCAAGGCUUUGUCAAGUGGAAACCAGUGGUACUACUUUAGUCAAGUGAUGGAGAACCAAGUAACAGAAAGUGGGUUUUGGAAGCCUUUAAAUAUUGAAGAACCAAUAUUUAGUAGCACUGGUAAGAAGGUUGGAUUAAAGAAAUACCUUGUGUAUUGCCUUGGUUCUGAUCAAGGUGUAGAGACAAAUUGGAUGAUGCAGGAAUAUCAUCUUUUCAGUUGUAAAUCGAGUGGCACAUCUUACAAGAGAAACAAAAAAUCAGAUUGCCGUAAAUGGAUCCUGUGUCGAGUUUAUCAGAAGGAGGGAAGUUGCAUCCAAAAUUUCGGCCAUAGUACUGAUGAUGAUGAUGGAACAGAACUUUCAUGUCUAGAUGAGAUGUUCUUAUCAAUGGAUGAUCUUGAUGAUAUAAGUUUUCCACAUUAG